UCUGCAGGAGGCAAAAUGGCAGUCUGGAGUAUAUUUCUGCGUUCUACGAGUCAAAAACUCAGUAGACUUCCUACAUUAUUGUUAAAAGAACCUUCUAUAAAUAAUCAGAUAAGAUGUAUGUCACAUGACCAAGUAAUGAUGAUAAAAAAUACUAGAUGGCAAUGGUCAAAAUGUAAAGAUCUGUUACAUUUCUAUGUUAUGUUGGGUGUAAUACCAUUAUCAAUCCUGACAUUUUGCGUAAAUGUGUUCGUGGGUCCAGCAACACUUGAACCUAUACCAGAAGGUUAUACGCCAAAGCCUUGGGAAUAUUAUAGACACCCCAUAACCAGAUUUCUUGUUCGUUAUGUAUAUGUAGCGCAUCAGCAAGAUUAUGAAAAAUAUUUAAAUAUUAUAUACUUAGAACAAGAACUUAGAAAAACAAGAAAUCUUCAAAAACGUAUUGAAGAUUUGAUCGAACAACGAAGCGAUUAUAAAUACUUCUACUACGUACCAGUAACUGCCAAAUAUGUUCACCGGGCUAAAUAUGACUAUGACAAGGAAGAUACUUACAAGACUUUCUCAAAAUAAUUGAUUAAUAAACAAAUGAGAAGUCUUUAUUAUUAUUUGAUACAUGAACUAUUAGCCCAGGUGGAUGAAAGAAGAAGAAUAGCAAUCGUAAUUAUAGAAAAAACUCUUAAGAUAGUAAUAAUUCAAUAAUAUAUAUAUAUAUAUAAAUACAUAUAUAUAUAUUAUACCAUUGUUAAAUUACAUUUAAUAAAGGCAUUUGAAAAGAAUUUCAGAUUGCCACAAAUUGAAUAUUUCCUUAGAACAUUAAUUUCUGUGCGUUUUAAAUUCUAUUUUGACAUGUUUUCUUUCACAUAAUUUUCACAUCACAUUUCAGUGUUUAUAAAUGCUUUUACUUAUUUUUAAAGAUUAUCAAAUAAAAGUAUGUGUUUUUACACAUUAUGAAAUAUUGCUUAUAUUAUGAUAAAUAUUUGAUAGUUUUUUGAUAUCCAAUAGAUAAAUUGCAAGUAUGUUGAUAAAUAAGAUUUUGAUAAAUAAAAUUUAGAUUGAUAAUAUAUACGAUCGUUCAUUGAAAUAAGCUAAAAUUUAUACGGAAACUUAAAUGGUAUAUAACGACAUUACCGACGCAUAAAGAUAAUGGGUAGAUAGACCUCUUGUAUUUGUUGCCAUCUAUUGGUAAAAUAUAGAAGUAAAGAAUUUAAAAGAUCGACUUUUAUAAAAAUUCACUUAAUUAAUGAUUAUGUAAAUUUCAAAGGUUACUUUUUACAUACGUGGAUUUCAAAUAUUCAGAUUCUUAUAUAUCUGACAAAUUGCAAUUUAUAUCGUUUAUUAUCGUUUAUUAUCGUUUCUUUUCUAACAUUUAUUCAUUCUUUUAUUUUGUAUACCUACAUCUUUCAUAAUGAUGAGUUCAUACUUUUUUUCUACAUAUUUUUGAAUCUUUUAAAAUGUUCUUAACUAUAAUUCAACGGUCCAGUUAUCAUUCUCUUAUAACAGUCGAAGUUUACGCUCUAUUUCAUAUUAGUAGUGAGAGGUAAUAGUUAUGUAGUGUUACAUUUAUCGUAUUUGUUAUUUAUUUAUUUCAUAGAGAUAUUAUUACUAAGUUAAUAUGUUAAUUAUAUAUGACAGAGAACAAAACUUUUUACUAAAUAAUAUAUUUCAUAUAUAUUAUAAUACAUUAUUUAUUUAUUUUCUUUUUAUAUUCCAUAUUGAGAGGUAAUAAUUGCGUAGCGUUCCAUUUUUCGUAAUUGUUAUUUGUUUCAUAAAGAUAUUAAUUAAUAUAUAAAUUAUAUAUGACAGAAAACAAAAUUUAUAGAAUAUUUAUACACACACACAUAGAGUAUCCCGUUUAUCUCAAAAAACUGCGAUAUUUCGGGAUGGACCUGAACUUGUAAAAAAAUUUAUUUACAAAUUUUGUUUGUGUAUGAAAUAACGCAUCAUACGGUACUAAUUCUUUUUAUAGAGGUUGGAACGGCGAAGGGAAAUUUCAAAGUCAAAUUCAUUUCAUCAUAUAUUUCUUUUCACAGUUCGACAUUUGUUUAGACAAUUCAACAAUGUUAUUAUAUAAGUUUCUUUUAUUAUUAUAAAAUAUUUAUUAAAUUUGUCAGUUUUCUUCAAGGAGCAAGAAUAACCUUGUAUAGUUUGUUACCGGUUUUUAGUCUGCAUGCUUUAAACACAAGCCGUUCUUUAUAUCUUUUUUCUGUUUAUCAAAUCAUCGAUCAUAAUUAAAGGAAGUUUAUUUCGUAAGUAGUACGACCUUGUGUCCUCCCUAUAAAUGGGACAUUUUAUAUAUAUACGUAUUUCUAUUUUGCCGUACGUUCGGACAUAACAUUUUUUUCAUACAUAUAUUAAUCCGCAAAAGUUACCACCCUUAAGAUUUAUUCAGUCCUAAUGUUCGAUUGUAUUUUGUUUAUUUUAUAAUUACUACGUAAGACAAGUUAAGUUAGAUAUAUUAAAAAUGAAUCCCUUUCUGCAAUGAACAAUCAGAACACGAUUGUGGUAUUAAAAAGGAAAAUAACAUCGAAAAUAAUUAAUUAUAUGAAAUGAAUAUUGAGGAAAUAUUAAUAGAAACAAUAUGAUAUUGUUAAAUUAUCAAAUAAUUGUGGGACAAUUGUCUGAAGAAAAGAAAUAAUUCAUGCGAAUUUUUAUUUAAUACAUCUAAGAAAUAGAUGUAUUAAAUAAAAAUAUGUAAUGGCCUAUGUAAUGGCAUACUUAUAUACUUUUCUGUAUUUUCUUUAUUAAUAUUUAGUUAUAAUUAAUUACAAACAUAACCUCGCUGUUUUGAACAUAGGAAAAUAUCAUUAGGAGGAUUAAUAACUGAUAUAGAAAUAUAAGAAGAUAAGAAGAAUAAUAUUUCCUUUUUGGAAUUGUUCGACAAUACAUUUCGAUUAUUCAAUAAUAUUAAUAAAAUAGAAUAUUUCGAAAGUCUAGGUAUAAAAAUAAAUAAAUAUUUUAUUAUUGUG